GUCAAGCAAGCAUCCAUGGGUUGCGGGCUGUCGACGCAGGACGACGGCGGCGGCGGCGGGCCGCGGAGAAAACAGGGGGGCGUCGGCGACGUCGUCGUGUUCCUCCCGGGGCUCCGGACGCCGAGGAGCGUGGACUUCUCCGCCCAGGCGCUCGACGGGCGCCUGGGCAAGAGCGCGGCGGAGAGGCUGUCGGCCCUGAGAGCGCGGGUCGUCGACAUGGCAAUGCAAGAAUCGGCGGCGGCGCUGAAGCCGAGGCGGAAGACCGCUGCGCGGCAGGGAUCUAGCACCGCUAACCUCCUGCAGGCGCUGGAGGACUACCUGCCAGUCCUGCUAGGAUUGGUCAAGGAAGGUAGCCAGUCGAGACACAGCGUGCAGUUUGUCUGGACUAACCAAGAGGACAAUGCCGAGGAAACGGCCAUGGCGGACGCGUGGUACGAGGUGCUCUCCGUGUUGCAUCUGAUGGCCAUGGUCUGUCUCCUGCAGGCCAACUCCCUGCUUCUUCCCAGGGCAUAUGGCGACGGCUACGGGCCAAGGGUCUCUGAUGAGAGCAGACGUGCCACUGUAGACGUUUUCUUGAAGGCUGCUGGCUAUUUGGAUUGCGCAAUUCGACAAGUACUUCCACAGAUACCGUCAGAACUAAGGAGACAACUUCCAGUAGACCUGGCUGAAGGAAACCUCAAAGCUCUUAGCCUGCAAGCUCUGGGUCAGGGGGUUGAUAUGCAACUUGGGUUGGCAGUUGAUAGCCCAAAGGCCACUUUAGCAGUAAAAAGGCGCUUAGCUUGUGAGAUGGUCAAAUAUUGGAAGCAGAUUCAGGAGAGCAUUCCAGACCUUGCUGCCUCCGACGGAUGGGGAAAAAAGCAUCUACUGUUUGUCAAGUGGAAGUAUGUCGAAGCAAAGGCUGCAGCAUACUAUUUCCAUGGUUUGAUUCUGGAUGAAGGAAACAGUGAGAAAUCACACGGAAUGGCAGUAGCAGCCUUGCAAGCUUCAGAGGAGUUUCUAAAAGAAAGCAAAAGAGCUUCUGAAGCCUUCCAUGCAACUCCUCCAACAUCCAGGAGCCCCACUCCUUUCGGAACAGCUAAGUAUCUGUUUGACAAGAUCCCAAAAGAUGCUUCAAGCAAAGUCCGGAUCAACCAGGACCUGUAUACUCAAGAAAGGGUCAUUGGAGCGCCACCCCCAUUGCCAGAUUUCUCACUGGCACUAACACCUGAAGAUUAUGAUCUUCCUCCAUUAGACCCACUUUGGAACAAAGAGGACGGCCAUCAGUAACUGUAUAUUCAGCAAGAGUGUCUUCUGACAAAAGGCUGUGGCACUAAAGAGAGAGCAAAGGACCAGGAUUCAGCCAUGUCCAAGCAGAACAUGGCACAAAUGAAGUGUACAAAAACAUGUCCCAACCAGAAAUCAAUGUCGGCAAAUGGAAGCAAAAUUUAGAAAGGCCUGAAGAUAUGUGAAGAGCAUUUUACAGUUCAAUUUUCUUCUGACAAUGGAAAUACAUUGUCGAAAGCUUUCCAAGAAUUCCUGUAAAAAUAUUUCCAACGUGUGCCAUGGUUCCUUUUCCCUAGGAUCUAACCAUGGUUUGAUGUUGGGGGCUAUUCUAAGCCUAUUCAUGUGGUAAAUUUACCAAAUA